AUGAAGGGAGCCAUCAUAUCAGUGAUCGCAUUGAUAGCCAUUAUGGCUACGGCUGAGGCUGCUCUAGACUGCGGGAAAGUGGACUCAUUUUUAGUACCGUGCGUGCCUUAUCUUACUGCAGGAGGCACUCCCACGCCAAAGUGUUGUCAAGGGGUGCAGAGUAUUAAGGAUAUCAGUGUAACCCCUCAGGACAAGCGUGAUUCUUGCAACUGUCUCAAGGCGGCGGCUCAGCGAUACCCGACUUUGAAAGAUGAAGUAGCUCAAGCUCUUCCAGCUAUGUGUAAAGUUACCCUGGAUAUCCCCAUUUCGAGGACUACCAACUGUGAAGCGAUCAGCUUUUGA